AUGGGCGUUUCCGGAGUAGGGGCGACCGCCCCUCGAAUGAUCGUGGCCGUUCGUCGAGCGUUCGGCGCGCGACGCAGGGGGGGAUUCGCCGGUCGACGAGCGAUCGCGCUAUGUCAGUUCGAGGACGGUUCUGUUCGCGUUUAUGUUGAAUGUUGAAAGGAAAAAGAAGCGACUGCGAGUGUGUGGGAGAGCGUGCGGUGUCGAGCGUGAGAUGUGCUGCACCCAGGUGCGAUCAGGCCGCGACCCCCGCGCCGACCACGGCCUCGGUCGCCGUUGUUCGGACGACGCGCACGAUGGUGCUGUUGUUGUUAUUGUUGUCGUCGUCCAAGAUGAAGAUGAUGAUGUGCAGGUGGAGCAGCAGCAGAAGGAGUUGUUGUUGUGAGGGUUACAUCCAGGAGAGGAGAUGAGUGCGGCUCUGCCGCCGUUGCCCGAUCUCAUACCGAUAUCGGCGCUGCGGAAGGGCGGAAAGGCGCCCGAGGUAGAUAGUUUCAAUAAUAAUUGCAGCAGCAGCAACAGUAGUUGCAACAGCAGUAUCAGUACUGGUAGUACUACCUGCAGUAGCAAUAGCAGUAGCAGCAGGAGGGACGUCCAAGAUUGUUCGCCCUGCAACUCGACCCAGUGUUCCGGCGGAGAGGUUAUGGGAGAGCAGCGCUCGCGGCGAACGGGGAAACAACCUGCCGUCGACCUGAUCGAUACGUCGCGGUCACGUGGUAACGACGUCGCCGCCCCUCAGCAACGAGCGUCGUCCUCCACCGCCGCCGCCGCUGCGACCCGGAAAGCCCGCUCCGAGCGUCAUCGUAAAUCAGACAGACGACGCGAACGCGACCGCCGCAAACGAUCCACCUCCUCGCUGAAAUCGUGCUCUUCUCUGCCAUCGUCGCCGGAAAGACCCGCGAAUCCGCGCGUCAAUCCCAUUUUCGUCUGGGUACGUCAACAGGACUCUCAAAUCGUGGAAGUCAAAUGCGAAGACUACGACAAGCGGAAUCGGAUUCUGCUGACGAAGACCCCGCAGGGAUGGCGCGCGAUACCUCGAACGGAGACGCUGGCGCCCACCCUCCAGAGAACGGAUGACACCAACACCAGUAACUCUUCGAGCACCGUCGACCACCGGGCCAAGAGGAAGACCAAGAAGCGCAGCAACUGCAAGGUGAAACGAAGAUCUACCGGUGUCCAAGUUGACGAUCACGAGCUGGAAAGUGAGGGUGCAUCUUCUCCGUGGAACGCGCACGAUCUCGAUCCUGACCCGGACCCCGAACCCGAGCUGGACUCUGAAAUCGAGAUAAUCGAAGUUUUCGGCGCGGUCAAAUCUCCGGUCGCGGAGGAGGAACCUUGUGCAAACAGUAACAGCAGCAGCAGCAGCGUUAGUAAUAAUAGUCGUAGCAGUGUUUCCGUUUCCGUGUCUGAAUCAAGUGCGCAAGUGACAAACACACAAUCGACUACCGAUUGCAACAAUAAAGGAGACGUCGUCAGCCCGCUUGACAACCUCCUCGCAGUCGCCGAGCUGGAGUUCAAUCAGCAGAUUCAGUCGGAGCAGCAGUGGGAGGUGAAACCUCCACCGUACAAAGUGGAGCUGGUGGAGGAGGAAGAGGAAGAGGAGGAAGAAGAAGGAGAAGAAGUUGACGAGGAAGAGCAAAUUGAUAAUAUGCAGCAGUUGGAUAUAUUCAUAGAGUCGUGCGCCCCGACACAGACCCCAGAAAUAGAGAUGAAGGCCAAGCCCGAUGAUUGCGAAUGCGAUUACACCGAAGAGGACGAUAACAAUCUGGCGAUGGACGAUAUUCUGAGUCGCCUCGAGCAAUCCCUUCGCAGCCCCGACACCCUCCAUUCAGAGAUCAACGAAAUCAUCAAGAACCAAAAGCCGGAUCCGUCGCCUCCGGCUCCACCGCCCCCGCCUCCGCCGCUCCAUCGACACAGUAACAACAACAAUAAUAACAACAAUAGUAGCAGCAGCAGCAGCAACGGCAACAAACCAACGGAGCAAGAAACCCCGACGGAUCUCUCCACAACCACUAAAGAUAAGUACGAGGAGCUGAACGACCUAAUGCCCACAGACCUCACGCUCCCCAAAUCCCCCCACAAACGUCCGCAGUCGCAGAACUCGGAGACGAUCCAAUCGCCACAGCCGAGCGGCAUACCAGCCGUACCUCAUUCACCCGACCUAUUAUACAGUGCCAACAAGUCCAAGUCCAACAUAUACCUGGAGUCUCUGCUGUCCCCCCCACUCAAGGAGUCUCCACCGCCACCGAAGGAACCCCUCGAUCUGGGCAAGACGCGCGAGUCGGACAGCCCCAAAGUUACCUGCUCACAAGAAGUUCAAAACCCGGAACCACCGACCAAAAAGAUCAAAUUAGAAGAUAUCACGCUGAAGACGCUCCUCGAUAACGAGUCGAACAAAUCCGAGAACCAUAAAAAAUCCGAAAACAAGAACGCCCAAGAGACACCGCGACUUCUGGAGCUCCUGACCGAGGAGAGCGAAGUGAUGAUGGCCGUCGAUCCAGUGACGCAAUUGAAGCAGCUUCUGAAAAACACCAGUUUGAACAUACCAGAUCCGAUGCUGAUACCAAAGGAUAAGCUCAGCCAAAUCUUAUCAUCGCCCGCUCAAGAAAUCCCGAAAUUACUCACCGAAAGGCCAGAGUUGCGACUGCCGGAAGCUCUCGCGUUUCCGCAUCUGCUACAAGAUCCAGACAUUUUGGUGAUCACGCUAUCCCAAUUGCAAACUAUCAUUCAAAAGCAGAGUCAAUCUCUUCCGCUGGCGGAUAAAACUACCGAGGAAAUUAAGAAGAAACCGGAGUCGCCUAAACCGCAGUUGCCGCCACAAAAACCACAAAUUCUCCAACAGCAACAGCCUCCGCUUGUUACACAACCUGCACCUAAAGAAGAUCCAAAAACUACGACGACGGCGACGACGACGAACAGUGCAAGCAAGGCUAAGAGCAGCAGAAUAUCGGAGCUUUCGAGUGAUAUCGAUGCGGCGACGAACGCGGCGUUCACACAGAUGAUGUGGCUGCCCUAUUUGAAUCAAUUAGAGUCGGCCGCUAUGACUUUUGGAAAUAAUCCGGAAUUCCUCAAGUUGCUCUCGACGAUGCUGCCCAGUUUUCCCGGACCAAUGCCGGAUAUGACUCGCAUGAUGGGACCGAAUCGUCUGCCUGCGUUCCAGCCGCCGACGUUCCCGAUGCAACCGCCUAUGAACUACAACCCAUUGGAAUUGUCGAUGUGGCAGGAGGCUAUGCUGCAGGCCAAUUUGGCGCACACGAAGAACCAGUUCGAUCUGUUCAGCAAGAAGGAUUACAAAGCGAAAAAUAACAAUCUGAUGUUUGGUAACAAAAAUCCGUUCAUGAAUGUACCGCCGUCGAAUUCGAGCCAGUUCGGCGGCUCCACCAGAUCCAAUCUUCAAAUGCCACCGUACAAUACGCAUCCUACUGCUAAGCAUGGGAAGAGCAGUAGCAAACACGGCAGUUCUAACGGUGCCAAUAAGAGUAUGGAUUACGUGAAGUCGAUUUUUCACCAACAACAUCAGCAACAGCAACAACAACAGCAACAGCAGCAGCACCAGCAGAUGCAGCAGCAGCAGCAACAGAAGUUGUACGAAAGCGAAAAACAGUUGAGGCAGAUGGACAGCCGGCAGAAGGAAAUGUUGAAGCAGCAGGAGACCGCGUACAAGCAGCACCAGGAGUUGCAGAAGCAGCAGGAGUUAUUCAACAAGCAGCACGAGUUCUACAAACACCAGCAGGAGUUGUACGCGCAGAAACCGAAGGUGGUCUGCAAAUCGUUUGCGAAUAUGUCGGCCAAUCAGGACGUGGCUGCUUCCGCUUCAGUUUCCGGAAGUAAACGAUACCACAGCAGUAGCAGCAACAGCAGCAGACUUCCGGGUCCAAUAGAUCUAUCCGGUUCUACGGCCGUCCCAGUGAGCGGAGGUGGCAAGUUGAAGGUCAAGCAGCAUCUCAUUGAUCCGAUCGGUUCGUCGAGGCUGCUGAAACACGACGAUGUGCCGGAGGUGGGCAGCACUACGGCCAGCAUCGAGGAGAUGCAGGACGCACAGAAGCAUCUUUGGCAUCCGCUGUUUGGAAACCAGAAGAGCUACACAAGUCCUUGGAAUUGGACGACGGUCACUGCGACUGGCGAAUAACAUAGGCCGUUACCUCCAAACAAUUGGAGGCAAGUCCAACAGCAGCAGCUGCAGCAUCAGCAGACCCAACUACAGCAGCAACAGCA